GAGGUCCAAGUGUCGCCCUGGUCUCUCCUCGUAGGUCACCCUCCCAUGCACACCGAUCCCCCGACAAGGCGCACCCCCGCUCGCAGGGGGUCCCUCAACGACGACAACGACGACGAUCCCCACAAUUCCUUAACUGCAAUGCCCGACGCUACGCCCAAACAGCCGCCCACUUUUACUUCCUGCUUGACUAUCCCUGUAGAGGGUGCAGUCCCGAUCGAAAGGCUCGAGCCUUCAUCUCGCCCUAACCGAAUCGACGUUGGGAUUUCUGCUGGUCCGGAGUCCAAGCGGGCUCCUCGCAAGUCUAAAACGGAAGCCCUCGUUGCUCUUCAUAACCACGCCCAAGCAUCAGACAGCCAAGAGGACAAGAAUGAUGCCAUCGCCGAAGAUGUGGGCGACAGAGUCAAAUUGUGGGAUGGUCCUGCAAUCCGUGUCUCUCCAUCGCUUGACAUGUCGUCUGUCAAGACUCCCAAUCCUCGAAACUCGCCGUCCAAACCUCUUGAGCGCCCGUUUGGUCUCACUGAUUGCCCCACUUUCCGUCCGACGCCGGAACAAUUCAAGGACCCACUUGCUUAUAUCAAGUCGAUAUCUGAGAAUGCAAGAACAUACGGCAUGUGCAAGAUUGUUCCGCCGCUGGGCUGGGAUAUGCCUUUCGUGAGCGAGACUGAGACAUUCAGAUUCAAGACUCGCCUUCAACGUUUGAACUCUAUUGAGGCCGCUUCGCGAGCCAAAGUCAAUUUUCUAGAAGCGCUUUACCGUUUCCACAAGCAACAGGGCAACCCCCGGGUCUCGGUGCCCACUAUCAACCACAAACCUCUCGAUCUCUGGUUGUUGCGCAGAGAGGUGAAGAAACUGGGAGGAUAUGACGCAGUAACAAGAGGGAAGAAGUGGGCAGACAUCGGUCGCCUACUCGGAUAUGGUGGCAUUCCCGGACUGUCGACUCAAAUGAAGAAUUCAUAUGCACGGGUCAUUCUGCCAUAUGAGCAUUUUCAGGAUAGGGUAAAGAAUUCCCCCAAUAUGUCGAUUAACAAGCAUCAUGAUCCACAACUCAAAACACAUCAAAACAUUCAGACUAAGAGUGGCUCGUCCUGUAAUGGAGCGAAGGCGAACGGAGACGACAGUCCACCAUCAAGUCCUCUGACGGCUACGUCGAGUCCACUGUCCGAACCGCCGGAUGAGAGUGAAAGGCUCGAUCAUAAGCUGAGAAGAACCACCAGGCAGACAUCUCAAGAACAACAGACUCCUCGUAGAACUGCUGCUAGCGUAAACGCUCUGAUGGCCGGAACCAGCAAUGGCAAACCGAAUCCCGAGUUACAUUGCGAGGUCUGCCACAAGAAGAAUCGCGAGACCGAAAUGCUUCUUUGCGAUGGUUGCGAUUGCGGCUUCCACAUGUUCUGCCUUGAUCCCCCUCUCACGACUAUUCCCAAGGGUCAAUGGUUCUGUCACAUCUGCCUCUUCGGCACCGGUGGCGACUUUGGCUUCGAUGAAGGCGAGGAACACAGUUUAUCUAGUUUCCAAGCCAGGGACCGUGAGUUUCGUAAGCUUUGGUUCCAGUCUCAUCCUCCAUCCCCCGACGAUGAGCAAACUCGGGUUCAGAACGGUGACAGCUCAAAGGAUGCCCCCGAUCCUGCUGUGAACCGAUUUGGGGACAUCGUUGUGUCGGAGACUGACGUCGAACGCGAGUUCUGGAGGCUCGUCGAGUCACCAAAUGAGACUGUUGAAGUCGAAUAUGGUGCUGAUGUGCAUUCUACGCUUCAUGGAAGUGGUAUGCCCACAUUGGAAACUCACCCGUUGAACCCCUAUUCCAAGGAUCCCUGGAAUUUGAAUAACAUUCCAAUCCUUCCUGAGUCACUGCUUCGAUUCAUCAAGUCCGAUAUUUCUGGAAUGACUGUUCCUUGGACCUACGUGGGUAUGGUCUUCUCGACGUUCUGUUGGCAUAACGAGGACCACUACACAUACAGCAUUAAUUAUAUGCAUUGGGGCGAGACAAAGACAUGGUACAGCGUCCCAGGCGAAGACGCAGCGAAAUUCGAAGCCGCGAUUCGAAAGGAAGCGCCCGAUCUGUUUGAAGCGCAACCUGAUCUCCUCUUUCAGUUGGUGACGCUCAUGAACCCCAAGAGCUUGAAGGAUGCUGGUGUUGACGUGUAUGCGUGCAAUCAGCGCGCAGGUGAAUUUGUGAUCACGUUCCCCAAGGCGUAUCACGCCGGAUUCAAUCACGGAUUCAACUUCAAUGAAGCCGUGAACUUUGCUCUGCCGGAUUGGCUGCCGUACGGACUUGAUUGUAUGAAGCGCUACCAGGAACACAGGAAACUCCCGGUCUUCUCCCACGAUGAACUACUCAUCACGAUUACGCAACAGUCGCAGUCUAUUAAGACAGCUCUCUGGUUGAACCCAAGCUUACAAGAGAUGACUGACAGAGAGAUGGAGACACGAUCGAAAGCUCGAUUUCUUGAAUUGGGCGAAGUCGAUGAAGAAGUCGAUCGUCCGGAAGAGCAAUAUCAAUGCACCAUCUGCAAGGUCUUCUGCUACCUCUCCCAAAUCACAUGCUCGUGCACAACCAAGGUGGUUUGCAUCGAUCACAUCGAUGAGCUCUGCAAGUGCUCGAAGUCAAGUCGAGUCUUGCGCAAGCGGUAUAGCGACACGGAAUUGCAAGACAUUCAAAUGAAGGUCGCCGAGAGAGCCGCCAUUCCUACAUUAUGGCGCGCAAAACUAGGCAAACUUUUGGCUGAAAGCGCUCGUCCUCCUCUUCGCAACCUCCGGGCUCUGCUCGCUGAGGGCGAUAGGAUCAAUUACCCACUUCCUGAACUCCAGUCUCUUCGAAAAUGCGUCAACAAGGCCAAUGAAUGGGUCGACGCCGCCAACACAUUCAUCAUCCGCAAGCCAAGUCGCAAGCGUGCCAAACGCGUUCGUGGUCGUCCUUCUGCUGAGGGCUCUUCCUCUGGUAGUUUCGGUGAUGAAUUGAUUGAUAAACCGGAGCGGGGUCUGGACGAGUUGUACGCUCUUCUGCGAGAAGUUGAGAGCUUGGGCUUCGACUGCCAGGAGAUUGCGACUCUCAAGAGCAUCGCACAUGAUGCCGAAGAAACGAAGACGAAAGCACGGGAUCUCUUGGAGACUGUUACGUCAGCUCGCGAACGUGACGCAUACAUUCAGGAGUGCGAACGACUGAUUCUGCACGGGUCGUCACUGAACGUGCACGUUGACGAGAUCCUCGAGGUAGAGAAGAUCGUCAUGCGUGAGCAGCUUCUCAAGGAAAUGGAAGAAGAUACUGAUAUCGACGCGCUCUCCUUGGAGGAAAUUCGACAUUUCGUUGCCCGUGCUCGUGCGUGUAAUCUCAGCCCGGAUAACCGUUUCUACAAGAGGUUGGACGGUCGCCUUCGUGCUGGGGAAGCGUGGGAAAGACGUGCGAAGGAAGUGCUCGCCAAGCCGCAGAAAUCCUUGGAGGAGCUGGAUGAAAGCAUCAAGGCCCACACCGGUGUCGCAUACGAUGCGGAUCUACUUGACCGCCUCGUCACCGUACGAAUAAGAGGAAGGGAGUUUGAGAGACAAGCUACCGCAUGGCUGAUACCGAAUGGAGCCGAGCCCAAACCACGCGUUCAGGAUGUCGUGAAGAUGGUUUCUCGCGCUGAGAAGGAGUACCUGCUCCCUGUUCUUGUAGAUCUCAGGAGAACAGUCGAUUUCGCCGUCGACACCGAAUCGCGAUGUGACGCUGUGCUCAGGAAUCGCUAUUCUAUUCAACCUGGAGAGGAGACGGACAUAUUUGCCAUCAUGCUUGGUUGGGUCAAGUAUGCUAAAGAGCAUUUGCAGAUAUUUUCCCUGCCGAAUUCUGAACGGUUAGAUCAGCAACUCGCUCAGCACUACCGUUGGUUGGAAACUCUACCUUGGUAUUGUCGCCAACAUAAUCAAGCCCAUGGGCAGAAGAUUCUUGACGACGUCGUCGAGUCAACACGUCCCGAGGAUGAUUUGCCUCCCAAUGACGAGUAUUUCACCUGCAUAUGUAACAACCCUGUUCGCCCUCCGGCUCCCGGCACGGUAUCCGAUGCAGUUCAAUGUGAUCACUGCUAUGCAAGGUUCCAUGGCGUUUGCGCUGCCAAUGGUGGAUCGUGUCCUUUUUGUGAUCAUCAACAUUGGAAUGGUAGCAUCCACAAAGAACGGAACUGGCAUUUCUGCUACCUUCCUACUAUUCUCAUGCAAGCGCCGGACAUCACAAAAUUCUACUGCGAGGAUUGGAAGCAACUAGAAAUUAUCGUCCAUCGCAUUGACAGGCUAUCUGGAGUCAUCGGACAAUUCCUCUCCUUCGCAGGACAAGCACCGAAUCAACGUGCGGAAUACAUUCCACAAGUGCGUCACUACAUGCGCAAGUUGUACAAGAUUCAGUUCGCCGUGUCGCCUCUGCCCGAGGUAUCUUUCGGGCUUGAUUUGGCUGGUCUUCAUCGUAUACUGGCUGGUCAACCCGCUCCAAUUCGGAUGAAGAAGCGUCGUCGUCCCAAGUUCAUCUUUGGUCAAGAUAUCGACAAAGAUUGGGCGGAUGGCACGAGGUGCAUCUGUAGGGGGCGCACUCACUAUCUCUUGGGCUAUCCGACGGUCGAGUGUGAGCUAUGCAACAAGAAAUAUCACAGUGGCUGUGUGUUUGCUCCGACAGAUGCAACGAAGUUCAUUUGUCCCCUCUGUUGUUUGCGCAAGAACAGGGCUUACCCGUAUUCAGAUGUACGCGUCAAGCAUCCCGGUAUGUAUCAUCACGAUUUGUGCAUCCAGAGCGAUCCUUACGUUAUUUCGCAGAUAAUGCUGAGCCUGAUAUGUAUGUUGAUACCAAGGAGAUGUUGGACACGUUCAGCAAGGAUAUUAUAUACAUGAAACUCGCACCCCCAUUCCAGCAGACGUUGUUUGUUGAGCUCAUACGCUUCACACCUGGUCAACCUGACAGUAUGGCUGCUUCUGCCAAUGGAGGAUCCCGUGGACCUAUGGGACAACCCAUGGCAUCGCAUUCGAACGGCAUGCAUCCACCCUCUCGAAUGCCAGCCCCACCUAUGCAACCUGUUCCUUCACAUGCACACCGUACUUCCCCUCCGUCGGCUCCAUAUGUCGCAGACAGACGCUCUCAACCAUCUACUCCAAUUCAUCAUGUUCCCCCACCACCACCCUGGUCUGCAACCAAUCGCGCCAGUAGAUGGAGCAAUGCUGCAGCGACCGCACCUCCUCCAACCUCGAGGACUCACCUUCCGGAACACAGUUCAUCAGUGACGAACAGUCCUGUUGCAUCGUCUUCCCGAAAACGCAAGUAUCCUGACGAUUUACCUUCACCUCCAAGUGCCGUUGCCGAGGAGAUUGUUCUUGCUCGUGGCUCUCCGACCUCGCCAAAACGACGACAACACUCGAAUUCACUAUCGUCACAGCCUGGCCGAUCAAAUCAAGGCCUCUCUCCCUCACUUGCCAUGAUGCUCUCUCCAAAUCCCGUCGAUGUACGAUCUCCCCCACCUCCUGCCCCGCCACCUCGCCAUCCAGUUGGACCACCGCCGGGACAUCAGCAACCAUAUCCUCCUCGUUCUGUGCCGCUGAUGCCUACGAGCGUUUCAAUUCCUCCCAGACUGGAAGAAUUGCCCUCUUCGUCUCGAUCUGUACCCGUUCGUCCUAUGAAAGCCACCUAUGCCCCUCGGGAACCAUACCACGAUGUUGAUCCUCGUUGGGCCGAUUCUGAUCCUAGUUCACCUUCGAGACGUUGAUUCGUCGUAUGCUUUGCUCUCUUUCUGAAUAUAUAAUUGCUUCGAUUGCUGAUUCUAUGCUUCUUUCCUUUCCAAUUGCGUGUAAUACUAGGAGUAUUCUUAUUCUUUUAUUCGGUUAUGUGAUUAGGUGUAUGAGUCAUUCUGUGGCAUUUUUAGUGAACAAUAUAGUAUGCGUGAUUCAAAUACAGUGAAUAUGAUAU